AGGUGUCCGUGUUGACGCCUGAUCAAAAACUGUCCCAGCUGCUGUUUUUACAUCCAUGGAUAGAGACGGACAGAAAUCUAACAAGCAGCUGUUUUACGGACAUCGGAGAUGAUCGAUUCCGUUAAGGAGUGAAAAAGAACAACAUGAAGGAAUCUGUCCAGCAGCAGCGGACUGGAAGUGUUUGUCUGGAGGAGAAAGUACAGAAGAAACGCCUCCAUCAGCCGCAGGACGUCGUUCUGAAGCAAACCGCUGUGUCUCCUGCAGAUGUCCAGCAGCUCUUUAUUAAGGAAGAGAUUCCUGAUGGAUGGAGCUCCAGUUCAAACCAGGAGGACCCAGAGUUCCUCCACAUAAAGGAGGAACAGGAGGAACUCUGGACCAGUCAGGAGGAAGAGCAGCUUAAUGGGCAAGAAGAGACUGAUAUCAACAAGUUAACAUUCACUGCUGUUAUUGUAAAGAGUGAAGAUGAUGAAGAGAAACCUCAGUCCUCACAGCUUCAUCAGAGCCAAUAUGAAGACAUUGAAGAGGCAACAAGCAGCUUGACUACACAGAUGAAAACAGAACGUGAUGGAGAGGGAUGUGGAGAACCAAAACCAGCUGAAAACCCAGAUCCAAACAACAAUUCCAAACCAAAUACUGAUGGAAAGUCUUCAGACCCUUCUGAGAGUAGUGUCAUUAAUGAUGAUGAUGAUAAGGAGGAGCAGCAGGACGACGAGUGGCAGGAACCUUUGUCAGAUUCUGGAUCUGAAACUGAAGACAGUGACAGUGAUUGGAAGGAGGCCAGAGCACCUGAAUCAGGUGUAAAUAAUAAUGUGGAAUGUGACACUGACAAAAAACUCUUUAGCUGCUCCGAGUGUGAUAAACAAUUUCUUCACAAGCGUUCUCUUCAGAGACACAUGGUAUCUCAUUCAGGAGAAAAGUCUUCCAGCCGUUCAGCUAAUAAGAAAACCUGUAGAAUGAAGCAAAAUGUAGAAUCACAGACGAGAGCACAGAAAGGAGAAAGACCAUUUGUUUGUGAUGUUUGUGGUAAAAGCUUUACACGUCAGUGUAACCUUAAUCGACACAAAAAAGUUCACACAGGAGAGAAACCAUUUAGUUGUGACGUUUGUAGUAAAAAAUUUUCACGCCCAGAGGAGCUGAAGACUCACACUCGAGUCCACACAGGAGAAAAACCAUUUGGCUGUGAUGUUUGUGGUAAAAGAUUUAACCAGAAAAUCCAUAUUAAGAGGCACAUGAGAGUUCACACAGGAGAGAAACCAUUUGGUUGUGAUGUUUGUGGUAAAAGAUUUAUGUGGAAAGUAUAUUAUGAGACUCACAUGAGAGUCCACACAGAAGAGGAUUCAUUUGGUUGUGAUGCUUGUGGUAAAAGAUUUUCACGGGAAGUGGAUCUAAAGAUACACACAAGAGUCCAUACAGGAGAAAAACCAUUCGAAUGUACGACUUGUGGUAAAACAUUCAUGUGGGAGACGAGUUUUAAGACUCACAUGAGAAUGCACACUGGAGAAAAGCCAUUCACUUGUAAUGUUUGUGGUAAAAGAUUUAGUCAGAAGGUACAUUUCAAGACACACACAAGAGUCCACACAGGAGAGAAACCAUUUAAUUGUAGUGUUUGUGGUAAAAGAUUCAUGGGGAAGACAAGCUUUAAAACUCACAUGAGAAUCCACACUGGAGAGAAGCCAUUUGAUUGUGGUGUUUGUGGCAAAAGGUUUAAUCAGAAGAUACAUCUUAAGAAACAUAUGAAAGUCCAUGCAGAGGAGAGACCGUUUGGCUGUGAUGUUUGUGGACAAAGAUUUAAUCGAAAGGCACAUCUUGAGACACAUGCAUUUGUCCAUUCAGGAGAGAAACCAUUUGGUUGUGACUUGUGUGGAAAUAAGUUUACACGACUGGAAAGUCUGAAGAGACACAUGAGCAGCCACACGGGAGGGAAACCAGUUGAUUGUGCUGAAAAAGUUCCAUCUCAGGAAAAUCUGAAAACACAAGUGGGGGCUGCCGUCUUGUCCCUUAGCAUCCCACUACCUCGGGUUAAAGUGGACGAAAAACUUCUGGGUGCCCAUCAGCCGCAGAAUGACAUUAACCACCAAACCCCUGAUGUCCAGCAACUAUUGGUGAUUAAAGAUGAAGUUCCUCACGAAUUGGGUCCCAGUCUGGACCGACAGGACACAGAGCCCCGUUGCAUAAAGGAGGAACAAGAAGAACAGUGGACCAGUCGAGAGAGAGAGCAGUUUAAUGGGCAGGAGGAGCCUGAUAUCAGUAGGGUUCCAUUCACUGCUGGUCCUGUGAGGAGUGAAGAUGAUGAAGAGAAACCUCAGUCUUCACAGCUUCAUCAGAGCCAAAAUGAAGACAACAGUGAGGCAGAGCCUCCAAUCAGCAGCUCAACUGAACAACUGAAAACAGAAAGUGAUGGAGGCAACUAUGGACUACCAGAACCAGCCAGGAGCUCAGAUUCAAAUAGUCAGUUACAAACAAAUACUGGUGGAAAGUUUUCAGACUCAUCUAGGAUUGAAGUCAGUAAUAAUGAUGAUGAGGAUUAUUGGCAGGAACCUUCGCCAGAUUUUAGACCUGCAUCUGAAGACCAUGACAAUGACUGGAAGAAGACCAGAGCACCUGAGUCAGGUGCAAAUACUAAUGUGGGAUCUAACACUGACAAAAAAACCUUUGGCUGCUCUGAGUGCGAUAAACAAUUUCUCCACAAGCGUUCUCUUCAGAGGCAUAUGACAUGUCAUUCAGUAAAAAGUUCUUCCAUCUGUUCAGUUAAUAAGAAAAGUUUGAAAGUGGGACAAAAUGUUGAUUCACAGAUGAGAGACCAUACAGGAGUGAGACAAUAUGACUGUGAUGUUUGUGGCCAAAAAUUUACACGGCAUUAUAAUCUUAAUAGACACAAAAGAGUUCACACUGGAGAGAAACCAUUUAGUUGUGACAUUUGUAGUAAAACAUUUUCACGACCAGAGGAUCUGAAGACUCACAUGAGACUCCACACUGGAGAGAAACCAUUCAAAUGUAAUUUGUGUGGUAAAGGAUUCAACCAGAAGAUCCACAUUAAAAAACACAUGACCGUCCACUCAGGAGAGAAACCAGUUGAUGGUGAUGAAGGAUUUACAUCUCAGGACAAUCUGAAGAGACAUGUGGAGGUUGUUGCUCUGUCACUUAACAUCUUACCAGCUCCGGCUAAACUAGAAGAAAAACUGGAGACUGAAUGCUCUGGUUCCCGUCAGUCACAGGAUAGUAUCAACCAAACUCCUGUGUUGCCUACAGAUGUUCAGCAGCUGUUGGUGAUUAAAGAGGAAGUUCCCCAUGAAUGGAACUCCAGCCAGCAGGACCCAGAGUUCCUCCACAUAAAGGAGGAACAGGAGGAAUUCUGGCCCGGUCAGGAGGGAGACCAUUUAAAUGGACAAGAGGAGAAUGAUAAUACAAGCUUCCAGUUCACUGCUGUUAAAAGUGAAAAUGGUAAAGAGAAUUCUCAGUCCUCACAACUUCAUCAGAGUCAAACUUUAGACAACAGAGAGGUAGAGUCUCCAAUGAGCAGCUCAGCUAAACAGGUGAAAACCAGAAGUGAUGGAGAGGAGUAUGGAGGACCAGACCCAGCCAAGAACCCAGAUCCAAAUUGUCACAUAGAACCAACUACUGAUGGAAAGGCUUCAGAGUCUCCUGAGACCGAAGUUGAUGGUACUAAUAAAGAUGAUGAGUGGCAGGAACCUUUGUCUGAUUCUGGACCUGAAACCGAAGACCAUGACAAUGAUCAGAAGAAGACCAACGCAACUGAAUCGGGUGUAAAUAGUGAUGUGCAAUGUAACACUGACAAAAAACCCUUUAGCUGCUCUGAGUGUGGUAAACAGUUUACCUACAAGCAGUCUCUUCAGAGACACAUGACAUGUCAUUCAGCAAAAUGCUCAUCCAUCCGUUUGGUUAAGAAGAAAUGGUUUAGAAUGAAACAAAAAAUAGAUUCGCAGAUGAGAGCUCACACAGGAGAUGAAUCCUUUGGUUGCAGUGUUUGUGGUAAAAGACUUAAGCAUCAGCAUAAUCUAAAGAUACACAGGAAGCUUCACACAGGAGAGAAACCAUUUGGUUGUGAUGUUUGCGGACAAAGAUUUACCCGAAACACAUAUCUAGAGGCACAUACGACAGUUCACACAGGAGAAAGACUAUUUAGUUGUCAUAUAUGUAAAAAAGGUUUCAGACAUCAGUAUAAUCUUAAUAGACACAUGAGCGUCCACACUGGAGAGAAACCCUUCAGCUGUAAAAUUUGUAAAAAAAAAUUUAGACAUCAGUAUAAUCUUGACAGACACACAGAAGUCCACACAGGGGAGAAAUCUUUUGGUUGCAAAGUUUGUGGUAAAAAACUUAAGCAUCAGUAUAAUCUAAAUACACACAUGAAGCUUCACACAGGAGAGAAACCAUUUAGUUGUGAUGUUUGUGGACAAACAUUUACCCGAAACACAUAUCUAGAGGCACAUACGACAGUUCACACAGGAGAAAGACUAUUUAGUUGUCAUAUAUGUAAAAAAGGUUUCGGACAUCAGUAUAAUCUUAAUAGACACAUGAGCGUCCACACUGGAGAGAAGUCCUUGAGUUGUAAAAUUUGUAAAAAAAAAUUUAGACAUCAGUAUAAUCUUGAUAGACACACAAGAGUCCACACAGGAGAGAAACCAUAUAGUUGUGGUGUUUGCAGUAAAGGAUUUUCACAACCAGGGGAUCUGGAAAGACACAAAAGUGUCCACACAGGAGAGAAACCAUUUAGCUGUGCUGUUUGUGGUAAAAAAUUCAACCAGAAGAUACACAUUAAAAAACACAUGCGAGUUCACACAGGAGAGAAACCAUUUAGUUGUACAAUUUGUGGUAAAAGAUUUAGCCAGAAGAUACAUAUCACAAAGCACAUAAAAGUCCACACCGGAGAGAAACCAUAUGGUUGUGGUAUUUGUAGCAAAAGGUUUUCUCACCCAGGGGAUCUGAAGAGCCACAGGAGGGUCCACACGAGAGACAAUCCAUUCAACUGUAGUGUUUGCGGUGAAAGAUUUCUGUGGAAGACUAACUUGAAAACUCACAUGAGAAUUCACACUGGAGAGAAACCAUUUGGCUGUGAUGUUUGUAACGAAAGAUUUAACCGAGAGGGGAAUCUGAAGAGACACAUGAGAAUCCAUACAAGAGAAAUACCAUUUGAUUCUGGUGAAAGCGUUACAUCGUAGAGAAGUCUGGAGGGACAUGUGGAGGCUGUUGCUCUGCCACUUAGCACCCCGCUAUCUCCAGCAAAACCGGAAGUUGCCGGGGUUUAAAAUGGAGCUGAACUUAUUCUCGAAUCAGCUCAAAACCCACUGUCUAAGCCAUCCUACACAGGUGUGUCAGAGAAUUUCAUUGCUAUAUAGUGCUAUGCAUGUAUGUGAGCCAUUCUUCCCAGCUGGCACUGGGGUAGAGGGAAUGUUAUCAUGCUAACUGUUACUGUUGUCAUCUGCAAUGUUUCCACAGGUCUUUAUAUUUUGCGUACUGCUUUACAGUUACUAAUACAUACGGUUGAUUAUGCUGUGAAUGAUGUUGUGUGCAUGAUUGAGACCAUGAUCAACAAUAAUCUGUUGGAUCACGAAUUUAGUUGCAUCGAUAAAUCACAAUAAAAGAGAAACCACUUUGCUG